AAGGACUCCACCCGCUACCUAUGUACCUGUAGUGUGUCUUGCCACAGGAGUGAACGAUUGAUCGACCUCUGUUAUUCACUGAUCUCGUGCUGAUUGGAACAUAAACAUGGCUAUGAGACGAGGAAAAGUGCCGCCGGAGGUUAUGGCAGUGUUCGAGAAAUACAUGAAGAACAACGUGCGAAACCUGAAGAAAGACCAGGCAAUGACGCUCUUCUCUAACGAGUUUGGUCUGGAUGAGGAGCAGUCGGAGAUCAUGUUUCACACUUUCGAUAAGGAUAUGAAUGGCAUCAUGUCCAUCUGGGAGUUCCAGCAGUUCUUUAUGUGCAUGGGAGACCAUUGUCAAGAAGUGAUCGCCAAAUUUAAGGAGAUUGACGCGGACGGAAGUGGAAAGCUUGACGCCGAUGAGGCGAAGGAGGGGCUGAAAUCACUAAAGACGGCCACCGGCAGAAACCUCGAGGAAAAGGAGAUUGAGUUCUUCCUGAAGAGUGCGGUCGGCGAGGAUGGAUUAAUUGAUUUGGGCGCAUUUACGAACUUACUGUAUACGCUUAAGUUGUACAAGGCGCCUGCGCCGAAGAAAUAGUUCCUAAAUAUACAAACUGAAUCGUGUUUUGUUUUAUUUGUUUAACUAUUAUCAAGCAUUCAGCAAAACUUUGUUCCUAAAUACUUCGAGAUCAUGGGUGCAAGAGGAAGACCGGCUUAUGGACAAAUAUUAAAUGUAUACGUAAAUGUUGUACAGCGCUCCUGUCCGGAGUUCAGUUUAGCCUAAUUAAAGGAGUCUGCGAUUUUUGUUCCCUGCUUUCAGGGUAUGUGUUGUUAUGUAACAGGGAAACAAAACAAACACGUUUGUUAACGUAAGCGACUGGUAGCCUUUACUGAAUCCAGGGUUGGUUUAUGACAAGGUAUGGUGGGAGUAUCGCACAGGGAACGUAAAUAAUUUAAUUCCAAUUUUUAUUUAUAUUGUAUAAUAAUGUAUAUAAUUACAUAAAAAAAUAACAUUAUGAAUCGAUUUUGACACCUAUGAAAAAUAAUUCAAUUCAAAACAGCCUUUUUUCUUUUUGAGUGCAGCUUUUUUUUAAUUUCACGUCGUUAAGUUCAACAUGUUAUUAAUUUCCAUCAAAAGAAAUCUUAGUAAAAUCAUUAAUGACCUCAUUAUUGGUCAUUUGCUGUAGUUCCGCUGAUAGAGAGUUGGCGUGUUACUUAACAUUAAAACUAAAUUAUGGUACCAGGGUUGCAUUACAUAGCAAGCACAUCAGUUGUAAUAGUUUUGUCUAUUUUAUAUUUCUUUAUAUGCUCAAUAUAAGUUUUUGUUUGUUUUUGUUUUAGCUCUAUUCUUGUAAAUAAGUAGUGUGUAUAACUGUUUAUUAAAUCAUCAUUUUAAAUACA